UAUUCGAAGGGCAAACUGUUCUCUGCCGAUGACCGACAGGGAAGUGCGGCGAUCAUCGUCGGGCCACAGAUAUUUCCUACAGAGCCUUUCUUCGGCACGGUGCUCAGUGGUGGGCAUCUUUUCUGCGCGAUAUCUAGCACUACAACCUAUUUCUUCAGGUACCCAAUCAAUGUAAAUGAAAAUACACGAAACUAUGCCUGCACCUCGUGCUUUCAGCUAUCACUGCAAGCGAAGCAAACUAAGGUGCCAGCGUGCCAAAGGUCUUGAAAUGAAGACGCGACAGUGGCUCACCAUUGGGGUCAUGUGCUGCUUCCUCUCUCAUAUGCCUGUGUCAUUGGCUCACCACGUAGAGGAGUCUAGCCCCAACAGCACCAUGCUUCCGACGCAGCAAAGCUCAACUGCCAAUCUGGCCACGAAAAUUCGCCAUUUUGCUGGCAACUUCGCGCAAAGCAUACCACCAUGGAUCAAGCAGCGGAUGCUCCAGGCAGAAGUCUCGAUUGAGUGUUCCUUAGGUCUGCUGAAGACUCUUCGUGGUCUCUCCAACUUGGAACCAUGGACACUGCGCAUGAUCGACUCAUCAGGCAAGGUGCCCGGCAACCUGUUCAUUGGCUCUGUCUCGGAGCUGGGGUCCUUCGACGAGUGCCUUGCCACAGUUGUGAGGGACGAAUCGGGUCGCGAGCUAGUCAGAGCCCAGUACUGCAGCUUGUACGUUCGCCCAGAAAGUGACAGCUCGAUCAUUGACCUAUUCAAGCCGGCUUUACUGAUGACGCAUCCAAAGGCUGCAAAUCUGAUAAAAUUCCUGAACGAUCCACGUGUUCCGGGCUUCCGCUUGGGCAUCUGUGUCGUCUCCGACUGUAGCGAAGAGGAGUUGCAAGCCGUCGGCACUGCACUGCUUGGCGAUGUGGCUCCAGUAAGUGUGAAGUACUGCAUGACGGGUGUGCCACAGGAGCUCACUGCGUCCAACAUCGCUGUCAUUGCUGUUCUAGGUGUUAUACUCAUUCUAUUGGUUUUCGGUACAUUGACCGAUCUCUAUGCGCCGAAGCAGAGCAGGGCAACAGUGGCGGGACGUUUGCUGCGGAGCUUCUCGGUACCGGCCAACUUGAGGUUACUGACAACGGCGACCAAGAAAUCCUCGGAAUCAUACAGCCAUCGCUUCAUGCAUGGUAUACGUGCUGUGAGCAUCUUCCACGUAGUUUUCGGCCACGCCACCUGUGAAUACUCGUUUGCCAGCGGUGGCAUGGCGUACAUGUUGAGCUAUCUUGAUCGAUAUGAUUCGCCGUUGACGGCUGCUGGUUUCAUCUCAGUGGACACUUUCUUCUUCAUGAGUGGCUACCUGUUCUUCUACAUCAUUAGCGGAAUCAAAAAUGUGCGAAGUGGAAAGGCAACAGUGGUUAUAAUUUUCCGCCGCUGGUACAGGCUCCUCUUGCCAGUCGUUCUCGCAGCCUGUGCGUUCUCCCUGCUGCCAUUGUUCGUCUCAGGGCCAACAACUAACAUGGUGUACGACAAGUUCUACGAUGACGUGAAAAAUCAUUGGUGGACCGUCGUGCUGAACGUACGCAACCUGUACCGUGAGGUAACCUACGGUUUGAACGCCCACUUGUGGUACAUAUCGGCGGAUUUCCAGCUCUUCCUCGUGGCUCUCUUAUUUUACCAGAUUACGCAACGAAAACGGGUCAUAAUUGCCGCCUUCACGCUAAUAUCCAUCGCAUGCUGUUGCUUCACGGCAUGGCAGGUGUACGGGACCAAAUUCACUCCAGUUCUCGUCAUGAUAACGCAAACCUUUGAUGACUACCUGGAUAUGCUUACUGACGUCUACAUGCUUCCUACAUACCACGCGGCAUGCUACUUUGGGGGCUGCAUCGCUUUCUACGCUGUGGACCACUACAAGACUAAGAAGAUUUCGAAAGCCAUGGAGGCAGCGUUGUGGGCUGUCUCUCUGGGUCUUGGCACGGCGUGCAUCUUCUACCGCUUCGAGUGGACGCGCGGAACAGAACACGGUAAUCUGGCCAAGGUGUCACUUGCCUUCUGGGAUCGCAUCCUGUGGGCCACUGCACUCGCAGCGCUGACAUUUCUGUGUGCGACAGGAAGAGGUGGUGUAGUUCAGAAGAUACUGUCGGCAUCUCCUUUGGCCGUGUUGAGCAGGCUAUCCUUUGGCGUGUACCUCACGCACUUUCCUUUCUACUUCCUCUCAAGCAACGCCAUGAGGACGAAGAGAUACAUGGGCGUCUUCAACUGGUUCAUGGAGAGCAUGUCGGUCUACGCGUGGAGCUGCAUGUUCGCGCUGGUUCUGUUCCUUGCAUGCGAGGCGCCCUUGGGCCGCCUGGACAAGGUCAUCUGGGGGACACCGCAGACGAAGAAGCAUGAUCACCAGAUGAACGGCAGGGGUGACCCGGAACUCGCCACCCACCAAGACCAAGUGUCCAAGUAGCAGACAUGAGUUACAACAUAGUAUAUUUCAAAAUAAAUUAAAUUUAUACCAUUGUUCCAA